AUGGCCAGCGAGCUUGUGGAGGCCGAAGAGGCAGCGGCCGAGGCUGGCGAUGGGGCCUUCUUCCCAGAGGGGGACGGCGGCUGCCGCGGCGGGCUGCAGACGGCGCUCACGGUGCUGGCGCGCCCGCUGGCGCACACGGCGCGCGGGCUGUGGGCGGCCCGGAUGGCGUUCAUGCUCGCGGGGCGCGAGUGCUGGCCGACCUUCGGCCAGGUCGCGGAGAGCUGGCCGGUGAGCUACGGGCACAUCCUGCAGGUGGCCCUGGACGCCGAGGCGCUGCACGAGCCAGGGCCGGCAGCAGAAUUCGGACGCCCCCGCCGCUGGCCCAUGCCACCGCCCAUUCAACGGACAAAGGGCAGUACCAGAUAUAGCUCGGAAGCUGAGAGGCUCCGGCGAGCGGGGUGA